CUCUCUCCUCGAGCCAGUACACGCGCUCCCCCACCUCGAUCUAGCAAUCCCAAUCCCGACGCCUCGCCGGAACCCUAGCGCGCCGUCGCUAUGCCGCCACGCCGUGGUAGGGGGAGAGGGAAGGGGAGGGGCAAGCCGAAGGCGAAGGCCGCCGAGGCUGAGCCCGUAGAGGAGGCCGUCGAGACCGAGGUCGGCGCGGAGGACGCCAAGCCCGAGGAGGAGGCCGCCGAGAGCGAGGGCGGCAAGGAGGAGGAGGAGGGCUCUGAGAGCGACAAUGAGGCCAUGGAUGCGGAGGCCAAGGAGGAAGCCGGCGAGAACGGAGCGGUAGCGAUGGAUGCGGAACCUGAAGCAGGAGCCGGCGUAGCCAAGGCAGAAGCGGGAGCCGCCGAGACGGAGGCGAAGGAUGACGCCUCGGAUUCCGAGGCUGAAGCGGAAGCCGAGGAGACUGGCUCCGAGCGCGAAGAGGAUGCCAAGGACGCUGAUCCGAAGGCCAAAGCGGAGGAGACCGACGGCGGGAGUGAAGAGGAGGCCGCCGAUACUGACGGCGAGAGUGAAGAGGAAGCCGCCGAGACAGGCGGUGAUAAUGAAGAGGCAGGGGCGGACUCCGACACCGAAGGUGAUGCUGCGGAAGAAUCCCCUCCUCCAUCCCCUCCUACCCGCGGCCGCCGCCGGAAACGAGCGGCCACUCCCGACGCGGCUCCCGAGGAUGAUGAAGAGGAGGAGGAGGUCCCUGCGCAGCCGCGUCGCCGGCGCCGGCGGAAGUCGGGGGACCGCGGUGACUCUCCGCCACCACUGCCGGACCACCUCCGGUGCCGCCGGAGUGAUGGGAAGAAGUGGCGCUGCUCGGGCCGUGCGCUCCCGACGGUCAGCUUCUGCGAGUACCACUAUGCGAAGGCCAACAAGAAGAAGCCGCCAGCGGAUGGGGAGGUCCUUGCUGUUGCUCUCCAGCGGCACAAGAACAAGAGGAAGGGAAGGAGGAGCAUUAAUGCGCCGGCGUCGCCUCCGGCAGCCACAAAUGACCUAACCAGGGAUCUCCCGAACGGACUGAUGACGAUCUCGCCAGGUAGCUGUGGACCUGCAGGGCUAUCCUCGCCUGUGACGACGAAGGUUGGUGUAGACAUUCCUGUUCCGAUUCGCCGGUGCUACCGUUCCAAGAAUGCUGAGCCAUUGCCUGUCGGUCCUGUGAAGGUUGUUCCUCGUGCGAUGAGUAUGACAAAGGCAGCACAGAGAACAUGUCACCGUUGCGGAUUGAAGAAGGCAGCACGUGUUGUCAAUUGCAAGAACUGUGACAAGCACUUCUGCAACAGCUGCAUCAAUAAAUGGUAUUCUGGGAUGUCCAAGAAGGAUAUGAAAACACGCUGUCCAGUUUGCUGUGGUCGCUGCAAUUGUAAACAAUGCACCUUUGGUCAAACCAAGGGUGCUUCGCGUAAGGAAUCACCAAGUGAUCAUGGAAGCAUACUCCGGAUAAAAAUUUCCAACCAUCAAUUUUACAAGCUUUUACCUGUAAAACUUAACCAGGAACAGCUUGAUGAAUUGGAAUUAGAAGCUAAAAUACAAGGAACAAAAAUAUCUCAUGUCCGCAUCCAGGUUGCCGAAAAUGGCCAGAGAGAGUCACUCAACUGUAAUAACUGCAUGCUCUCUGCGCACCAAUUCCUGAGAAGCUGCCCAAGAUGCCCGUUUAAGCUCUGCCUAAGCUGCUGUGAGAAGAUACGGGAAGGAAAUAUGUUGGAGGGCGCCCCUGAAGAUAAAUUUGCACACAGGUUGCUUCAACAAGAGUCGGUCCAUGAGGAUGGCAGUAUGACCUGCCCUUCCAUUGAGUUGGGUGGCUGCGGGGAUGCUCUGCUGAACUUGAUUUAUGCGUCCCCAUCCGGGCAGUCUGAAGAACUCAGUUCAGGAGAUGAGUUAGAUGCUCCAGGCAGUCAUUCUGGAGUCAAGGAUGCUCAGCCUCAUCGCUCACCUGUACCAGAGAGUAAUGGAAGGUUAUCUGCCACCCAGCCAGAAACCAUGUCCACUUAAUCUCCGAAGGUGUUAGCUCUCCUUGCAGAUAUCCAUUCAUCUUUCAGGUGAGUAUCACAAUUUGGCAAACGGAUAUGUUCAUUCUGAAGCCCGGAAAGGUGGAUGAUAUAGUUGGAAUUUGUUAGAGGGUAGGUUGCCUGAUUUAGCGAGAUUAUUGGCCAAUAUGGCCAUUGAUUUCUUAAGUAAUUAUUCCGUGUUGUUCGUCUUUGGUCAGGAAGUCAUUAUGUUGGACAUCAUUGUACAUAUGGUUAUGACUUUAUUUAUCAUUACCGAGAGCUGAUUGAAGCU